UGGACAUAAUAUCGCGAGAUUUGCCGGCCGCCCGGCCUGCACUGCGGCGUUUCCCGCGCGGACUACCUCAGUUCCCGGUCGUACGGCGCGGCCUGUCGUACUGCCGCCGGCGCAACGGCCGUCAUGGGGUUCCUGAAACUGAUUGAGAUCGAGAACUUUAAGUCGUACAAGGGUCGACAGAUUAUCGGACCAUUUCAGAGGUUCACCGCCAUCAUUGGACCAAAUGGCUCUGGUAAGUCAAAUCUCAUGGAUGCCAUCAGCUUUGUGUUAGGUGAAAAAACCAGCAACCUGCGGGUAAAGACCCUGCGGGACCUGAUCCAUGGAGCGCCUGUGGGCAAGCCAGCUGCCAACCGGGCUUUCGUCAGCAUGGUCUACUCUGAGGAGGGUGCUGAGGACCGCACCUUUGCCCGUGUCAUUGUAGGGGGUUCCUCUGAGUACAAGAUCAACAACAAAGUGGUCCAGCUACAUGAGUACAGUGAAGAAUUAGAGAAGUUGGGCAUUCUCAUCAAAGCUCGUAACUUCCUCGUUUUCCAGGGUGCUGUGGAAUCUAUUGCCAUGAAGAACCCCAAAGAGAGGACAGCUCUAUUUGAAGAGAUUAGUCGCUCUGGGGAGCUGGCACAGGAGUAUGACAAGCGAAAGAAGGAAAUGGUGAAGGCUGAAGAGGACACACAGUUUAAUUACCAUCGCAAGAAAAAUAUUGCAGCUGAACGCAAGGAAGCAAAGCAGGAGAAAGAAGAGGCUGACCGCUACCAGCGCCUGAAGGAUGAGGUAGUACGAGCUCAGGUACAACUGCAGCUCUUUAAGCUUUACCAUAAUGAAGUGGAAAUUGAGAAGCUCAACAAGGAACUGGCCUCUAAGAACAAGGAGAUCGAGAAGGACAAGAAGCGUAUGGACAAAGUGGAGGAUGAGCUGAAGGAAAAGAAGAAGGAGCUGGGCAAAAUGAUGCGGGAGCAGCAGCAGAUUGAGAAAGAGAUCAAGGAGAAGGAUUCAGAAUUGAACCAGAAGCGGCCUCAGUACAUCAAAGCCAAGGAGAAUACCUCCCACAAAAUCAAGAAGCUGGAAGCAGCCAAGAAGUCUCUGCAGAAUGCUCAGAAGCACUAUAAGAAGCGUAAAGGUGACAUGGAUGAGCUGGAGAAGGAGAUGUUGUCAGUGGAGAAGGCCCGGCAGGAGUUUGAAGAACGGAUGGAAGAGGAGAGUCAGAGUCAGGGCAGAGAUUUGACCUUGGAGGAGAAUCAGGUGAAGAAAUACCACCGGUUGAAAGAAGAAGCCAGCAAGAGAGCAGCUACCCUGGCCCAGGAGCUGGAGAAAUUCAAUCGAGACCAGAAAGCUGACCAGGACCGUUUGGAUCUGGAAGAACGGAAGAAAGUAGAGACAGAGGCCAAGAUCAAGCAAAAACUGCGGGAAAUUGAAGAAAAUCAGAAGCGGAUUGAGAAAUUGGAGGAAUACAUCACCACAAGCAAGCAGUCUCUAGAAGAGCAGAAAAAGCUAGAGGGGGAGCUGACAGAGGAGGUGGAGAUGGCCAAGCGGCGUAUUGAUGAAAUCAAUAAGGAGCUGAACCAGGUGAUGGAGCAGCUAGGGGAUGCUCGCAUCGACCGCCAGGAGAGCAGCCGCCAGCAGCGAAAGGCAGAGAUAAUGGAGAGCAUCAAGCGCCUUUACCCCGGCUCUGUGUAUGGCCGACUCAUCGACCUAUGCCAGCCCACACAAAAGAAGUAUCAGAUUGCUGUAACCAAGGUUUUGGGCAAGAACAUGGAUGCCAUUAUUGUGGACUCAGAGAAGACAGGCCGGGACUGUAUUCAGUAUAUCAAGGAGCAGCGUGGGGAGCCUGAGACCUUCUUGCCUCUUGACUACCUGGAGGUGAAGCCUACAGAUGAGAAACUCCGGGAGCUGAAGGGGGCCAAGCUAGUGAUUGAUGUGAUUCGCUAUGAGCCACCUCACAUAAAAAAGGCCUUGCAGUAUGCCUGUGGCAAUGCCCUUGUCUGUGACAAUGUAGAGGAUGCCCGCCGCAUUGCCUUUGGAGGCCACCAGCGCCACAAGACAGUAGCACUGGAUGGAACCCUGUUCCAGAAGUCAGGGGUGAUCUCUGGUGGGGCCAGUGACCUGAAGGCCAAGGCGCGCCGCUGGGAUGAGAAAGCAGUUGACAAGUUGAAAGAGAAGAAGGAGCGCUUGACAGAGGAGCUGAAAGAGCAGAUGAAGGCAAAACGGAAAGAGGCAGAGCUGCGUCAGGUGCAGUCUCAGGCCCAUGGACUGCAGAUGCGUCUCAAGUACUCCCAGAGUGACCUAGAACAGACCAAGACACGACAUCUAGCCCUGAAUCUGCAGGAGAAAUCCAAGCUGGAGAGUGAGCUAGCCAACUUUGGGCCUCGCAUUAAUGAUAUCAAGAGGAUCAUUCAGAGCCGAGAAAGAGAAAUGAAAGACUUGAAGGAGAAGAUGAACCAGGUAGAGGAUGAGGUGUUUGAAGAGUUUUGUCGGGAGAUUGGUGUACGCAACAUCCGGGAGUUUGAGGAAGAGAAGGUGAAACGGCAGAAUGAAAUCGCCAAAAAGCGUUUGGAGUUUGAGAAUCAGAAGACUCGCUUGGGCAUUCAGUUGGAUUUUGAAAAGAACCAACUGAAGGAGGAUCAGGAUAAAGUACACAUGUGGGAGCAGACAGUGAAAAAGGAUGAAAAUGAGAUAGAAAAGCUCAAAAAGGAGGAACAGAGACACAUGAAGAUUAUAGAUGAGACCAUGGCUCAGCUACAAGACCUGAAGAAUCAGCAUCUGGCCAAGAAGUCAGAAGUAAAUGACAAGAAUCAUGAGAUGGAGGAGAUUCGUAAGAAACUUGGGGGCGCCAACAAGGAAAUGACCCACUUACAGAAGGAGGUUACAGCCAUUGAGACCAAGCUUGAACAGAAGCGCAGUGACCGUCACAACUUGCUACAGGCCUGUAAGAUGCAGGACAUUAAGUUGCCACUGUCAAAAGGCACCAUGGAUGAUAUUAGUCAGGAAGAGGGUAGCUCUCAGGGGGAGGACUCAGUGAGUGGUUCCCAGAGAAUUUCCAGUAUCUAUGCACGAGAGGCCCUCAUUGAGAUUGACUACGGUGAUCUGUGUGAGGAUCUGAAGGAUGCCCAGGCUGAGGAAGAGAUCAAGCAAGAGAUGAACACACUGCAGCAGAAGCUGAAUGAGCAGCAGAGUGUGCUUCAGCGUAUUGCCGCCCCCAACAUGAAGGCCAUGGAAAAGCUGGAAAGUGUCCGAGACAAGUUCCAGGAGACCUCAGAUGAAUUUGAAGCAGCCCGAAAGCGAGCAAAGAAGGCCAAGCAGGCAUUUGAACAGAUCAAGAAGGAACGCUUUGACCGCUUCAAUGCUUGUUUUGAAUCUGUGGCUACCAACAUAGAUGAGAUCUAUAAGGCCCUGUCCCGCAACAGCAGUGCCCAGGCAUUCCUGGGCCCUGAGAAUCCUGAAGAGCCCUACUUGGAUGGCAUCAACUACAAUUGUGUGGCUCCUGGGAAACGCUUCCGGCCUAUGGACAACUUGUCAGGCGGGGAGAAGACAGUGGCAGCUCUGGCCCUGCUCUUUGCCAUCCACAGCUACAAGCCAGCCCCCUUCUUCGUCCUGGAUGAGAUUGAUGCUGCCUUGGAUAACACCAACAUUGGCAAGGUGGCAAAUUACAUCAAGGAGCAGUCGACUUGCAACUUCCAGGCCAUCGUCAUCUCCCUCAAGGAAGAGUUCUACACCAAGGCCGAGAGCCUCAUUGGAGUCUAUCCUGAGCAAGGGGACUGUGUGAUCAGCAAAGUCCUGACCUUCGACCUCACCAAGUACCCAGAUGCCAACCCCAACCCCAAUGAGCAGUAGCAAUAGUUCUACCCUCCUGCCCUGUCUGGAUCCCUAAGGUGUCCCUCUCCCAAUCUCUGGAUAUUUGACUCCCAACCUUUCCCCUGCCUCCUGGCCCUUUUUGGUGUAGUCAUGGGAUUUAGGCACUGCUAAUUAAGCACGAAGAGGAACAGAGGUGAUGUUAGGUCUAAAGCAAAAAUUCCUGAGCGACAGGGAGUAUUCUGGCCUCUGGAAGGAGGUGCUGAGCUGAACAGGGCCAUCUGUUCAUCCCACACACCCCCUUCCUCCCCCUCAUCACCCAUCAUCAUGGGUCCCUUGGGCCUCUUGCCCACUGUGUGUGUGGGUACGUAUGGUGUAUGUAUGUAUCCGCAUGUGUGCAUGUAUGUUUGCAAAAUAAUAAAGGAUAUUGGAGACCUGUUUUAGAAGGAGCCUAGGCUGAAUUUCAUUCCAAGAGAGCUUAGGAUGACAGCAUCCCUGAGCUGGGCAAAGGUACUCAGGACCUCAUAGGAGUCUUAGGCAGUUACCUGAAACUGCCUUCAUUCACUCAUUUGUGUAUUCAUUCAUGUAUGUAUUCAUCAGACACAUACCGAACACCAUCUAUUUGUCAAGCUCUUUGCUUGGAAUACAGAGUUGAAUCAGACAUGAUCUCUACCCUCCUAGUAAGGAGAUACAGUUGGUUCAUGAAUGACUAUCCUUAAUUGAAUGUCUUAUGUACUUUGAAUUUGAGAAGAGGGUGAUCACCUCUAGGCUUCCUGGAGGUCACAUUUAAGCUGCACCUUGACAAAUUGGUAGGAUUUGGUCAGGCACUAGUUGCAGAGCAUGAGCUCUGGGGACAGGCUGUUAUGGGUUCUGGUCCCACUUUUUAUCACUUACUAGUUGUUUGACCUUGGGCAAGUCAUUUGACCUUCUGUGCCUCAGUUUCCUCAUCUGUAAAAUGGGGCUAACAAUAUUACCUACCUCAUAGGAUUUAACGAUGUCAAGCUCCUCAAUGGAGGCCUUAUCCCUUCAUGGAGCCCACUUAGGUGCCGAUCCCUCAGAAAAUAAGCCUCAUGCCUGGACCCCUGAGAGCUUCUGAUCCCAGCUAUUAGGGACAGAAGAAGCUUCCAAAUCUGGAAGGUGCUGAAUGCCCUGCUGACUGGGAAAGUUUCAGGGCACUGAUGGGGUCUACCUGGUAAGUAGAGGGCCUGAGGAGGCCUGUAGCUUCAAUCAUGUAUGGUAACCAGGUACCUGAGCCCCAAUCUGGGUUGUGAGGAAAUAGGGCAGAGGUAGCCUGGGCCACAUCCCAGCCUAACACAUGUGAGGUUCACUUUAGGAACUAACCUCAUUAACUAUAAGGAUCAUGCAGAGACAGCAAAGCCUGGUGUGAUUAGCUCAGCCUUCACUCAUUCACAUAUACCAUCAUGCUUUUAUUCCAAUCUGUGUAUUGCUUUUUUUGCUUCUUAAAAAUUAAGUCUAUUCUAAUUACUCAAAUAAUGCAUGAAUGCAUUCUCCUUUUGAGAAA